UACUGUGACUAGCAGUGUUAGCUUUAAAGGCUGUAGGAAGCCUAGAGAAAUAAUAAUUAGUGGCUGUAUUCUAAAACCUCACUCAGAAUUUCUAACCAGCUAAGUCACAAUUUUUGAUAAUUGAGGGAAGAUGAAAUUUGUGAUUUAUGAUAAAUACAUUCUUUGUAAUCAUUAUUAAGGAAACAGACUUUGAUUAACUUAUAAAUGCUUGUUUAUUAAUGUGUGAUUUACAGAUCAUUAUUUUUUCCUUGAAAUGCUUAAUCAGUCAGCCCAUUUUAGCUUUCUCUACUUCCUCUGUAUACUUGAAAGGUAUAAAGUUACAGUGUUUAAAAAAUAUCCUCUAAGACUUUUCACCAGUUGAAAUUGACUCUGUUUUAACCAAGUUCCAUAGCGAACAUGAAUUUUUUUUUAAAAAAACAUAAAUUAGUGUUGGGCUAUUAAAAUUAGAAAAUGUUUCUUUGGUUCUAAAAUGAUGUUUUUGUUUUUUUAGAAUAAAUCUUUAUAUAAAGCAAACUUUUCUAUUGCAAGUAUGUCUUGCUUUUAAGAUUGUCUGAUGAAAUGUAAAAUACCACAGAUAAAUAAAAACUUCUCAAAGUUUUUGUGUGGUAGUAGGGUGUUCGUUUUUUAAAUUUUAUUUUGAAAAGAAAUGGAAAAGUUGCACCAAAUAGUACAGUGAUCUCUUGUAGAUUCAACAGUUGCUAACAUUUUGCCAAUCUUGCUGUUGAUACUUGUUAUUAAUUACUAUUAUUGAUAUUACUAUUACUGAACAAUUAGUGAAUAAGUUUUAAGAUCAUUUACCCUCAAAUACUCUGGGAUGUUUGUCCUGAGAACAAGGAAAUUCUCUCACUUAACCAGAGAACAAUGUUCAAAAUUAGGCAGUUUAACAUUACUAUAAUACUGUUACCAAAUACAGUCCACAUUCAUAUUCAUCAGUUGUCCUCUGUAGCAGUGAUGUCCUUAGAGCAGUUCAUUUUCUGAUCCAGGAUCCAAUCCAGGAUCAUACACUCCGUUCCUCAGCUUUUUGUUUUUCAGCAUUUUUGACGAGUAUAGGCCAGUUGUUUUGUAGAUUGUCCCUCGGUUUUUGGUUUGUCUGAUUGUUUCCUCAUGACUAGUUUCAGGUUAUGCAUUUUUGGCAGGAAUAAUACAUAAGUGAUGUUGUGUCCUCAGUGCAUCACAUCAGGAGGCACAUGAUGUCAGUUUAUCCCAUUAUUGGUGAUGUUAACUUUGAUCACUUGGUGUCCGCCAGAUUUCUCCACUGUGAAGAUGAUUCUGCUGGCAGCCAGAUCGUGUGAUCCUGUGGAACCGUGGACUUUUUUCCUCCACGUUAACUCAAGAAACGAAAAGACUGAUUGCCAUAUCGCCAUGCUUUGUAUAUGUCUUACUAGUUAUUCUGAAUUCUCAGGAGAAAGGGAAGAGCUGUGGAGCUUUUUAAAAACUGUCCGAUUAAGAGACAUGUCUUCUAUACUCCAUGGUUUGGCUUCUCUGGAGAUCACUCCUGUGCGAGAAGAUGUACUAAAUUCAUUGAAUAACAACUUUCUUCAAACGCUAAAUCAAGCUUGGAAUGAUCAUCAGACAGCUAUGGUGAUGAUUAGAGACAUACUAAUGUAUAUGGACCGUGUAUAUGUACAACAAAAUAAUGUGGAGAAUGUCUACAAUUUGGGAUUAAUUAUUUUUCGAGAUCAAGUUGUACGUUAUGGGUGUAUUAGGGAUCAUCUACGACAAACACUAUUGGACAUGAUCGCAAGAGAGCGGAAAGGAGAAGUUGUAGAUCGGGGCGCAAUAAGAAAUGCUUGCCAGAUGUUAAUGAUUUUAGGUCUCGAAGGACGAUCCGUCUAUGAAGAAGAUUUUGAAGCUCCUUUUUUGGAAAUGUCUGCAGAAUUUUUUCAGAUGGAAAGCCAGAAAUUUUUAGCAGAAAACAGUGCUUCAGUAUAUAUAAAGAAAGUAGAAGCUAGAAUUAAUGAAGAAAUAGAACGGGUGAUGCACUGCCUUGACAAAUCAACCGAAGAGCCAAUAGUAAAGGUGGUUGAGAGGGAACUCAUUUCCAAGCACAUGAAAACUAUAGUAGAAAUGGAGAAUUCUGGGCUAGUACAUAUGCUGAAAAAUGGAAAGACAGAAGACCUCGCUUGCAUGUACAAGUUAUUUAGUCGCGUGCCAAAUGGCUUGAAAACAAUGUGUGAGUGUAUGAGUUCCUAUUUGAGGGAGCAGGGUAAAGCCCUUGUUUCUGAGGAAGGAGAAGGAAAGAAUCCUGUUGACUAUAUCCAGGGCUUAUUGGAUCUGAAGAGUAGGUUUGAUCGCUUCCUCCAGGAAUCGUUCAAUAAUGACCGGCUCUUUAAACAAACUAUUGCGGGUGACUUUGAGUAUUUUCUCAACCUCAACUCCAGGUCCCCUGAAUACCUCUCAUUAUUUAUUGAUGAUAAGCUGAAAAAGGGAGUCAAAGGGCUAACAGAACAGGAAGUAGAAACAAUAUUGGAUAAGGCAAUGGUCCUUUUUAGGUUUAUGCAAGAAAAAGAUGUAUUUGAACGUUAUUAUAAACAACACUUGGCAAGGAGACUUCUCACAAAUAAAAGUGUUUCUGAUGACUCUGAAAAAAAUAUGAUAUCUAAGUUAAAGACUGAAUGCGGAUGUCAGUUCACAUCAAAACUGGAAGGAAUGUUUCGGGAUAUGAGCAUCUCAAACACAACUAUGGAUGAAUUCAGGCAGCAUCUACAGGCAACUGGGGUAUCUUUAGGUGGUGUUGAUCUCACAGUCCGGGUGCUCACAACAGGAUAUUGGCCCACUCAGUCAGCCACACCAAAGUGCAACAUCCCACCAGCACCAAGACAUGCUUUUGAGAUAUUCAGAAGGUUUUACUUAGCCAAACACAGUGGUCGACAGCUCACGCUCCAGCAUCAUAUGGGUUCUGCAGAUCUCAAUGCCACCUUUUACGGACCAGUUAAAAAGGAAGAUGGGUCCGAAGUUGGUGUUGGAGGGGCCCAAGUAACUGGCUCUAAUACACGGAAGCACAUACUGCAGGUCUCCACUUUCCAGAUGACCAUUUUAAUGCUCUUUAACAAUAGAGAAAAAUACACGUUUGAGGAAAUUCAACAAGAGACCGAUAUUCCUGAAAGAGAGCUUGUUCGAGCCUUGCAGUCCCUCGCCUGUGGUAAACCAACCCAGCGGGUUCUCACGAAAGAACCCAAGUCAAAGGAAAUAGAAAAUGGUCACAUAUUUACAGUUAAUGAUCAGUUCACAUCCAAACUCCACAGAGUCAAGAUUCAAACAGUUGCUGCCAAACAAGGUGAAUCUGACCCAGAAAGGAAAGAAACGAGGCAGAAAGUAGACGACGACAGAAAACAUGAGAUAGAAGCUGCUAUAGUGCGGAUAAUGAAGUCCAGAAAGAAGAUGCAGCACAAUGUAUUAGUAGCAGAGGUAACUCAGCAGUUGAAGGCUCGAUUCUUACCAAGUCCAGUUGUUAUUAAGAAACGUAUUGAAGGACUUAUUGAGAGAGAAUAUUUGGCACGAACACCUGAGGAUCGCAAAGUAUACACAUAUGUAGCAUAAAAUGCGUUCAGAAAUUUGAUUUAUUGGACUGUACUUUUCGCAUGGACUGAGAAGUUCUUUUAAAUCAUUAAAUAUUAAGACGGCCAUCUCUGCUAUUAAAUUACAGUACAUGUUCUAGACCAUUCAGAUCAAGCCUUUACUCCCUUUGAGAGUUUUCAACAUCAAUUGAUUGAGCUUCAGGCUUUACGUUUAUCCCUGUAGAGAUCAUCUUUACAAUUCCUCGGGAAAAUGUGAAUGUGCUGCGUUUUGUUUUCAAUACUGUAUGAAAACAGGAAAAAAUAAAACAAAAAUUUAGAAAAUACAGCUCAUUAAAAUAAAAUUGUUGGAUUUCAUUUC